ACAGCUCUACAACUCAGGUUCCAUCUCCCAAGGAAAUGCUGCUUCUGCCAUUUCAAUUGUUAGCUGUUCUCCUCCCAGGUGCUGACAGUGAGGAUGGCUUCCAGGGACCAACUUCUUACCAUGUCAUCCAGAUCUCAUCCUUUGCCAACAGCACCUGGGCACAAAAUCAACUUUCAGGCUGGUUGGACAAUUUGCAGAUUCACGGCUGGGACAGUGACUCAGGCACUGCCAUAUUCCUGAAGCCCUGGUCCAAGGGCAACCUCAGUGAUAAGGAGGUUGCUGAACUGGAGGAACUAUUCCGAGUCAACUUAUUUAGAUUUAUUCAAGAAAUACAGGCUCGUGCCAGUAAAUUCCAGUUGGAAUACCCCUUUGAGAUCCAAGUCAGAGGAGGCUGCGAGCUACAGUCUGGAGGUUUCAUAGUAAGCUUCGUGAGUGGAGCUUUAGGAGGACUGGAUUUCCUGAGAUUUGACAAUGAUAUAUGUGUGCCUUCCCCAGAGGCGGGCAGCAGGGCCCAGCAUGUCUGCACAUUAAUCAUGGACUAUCAUGCUGCUGUUAUUCGGAGGAAGCUCCUGUAUGAAACCUGCCCUCGAUACCUCUUGAGUGUACUCGAUGCAGGGAAGGCAGAGCUGCAAAGGCAAGUGAAGCCUGAGGCCUGGCUGUCCAGUGGCCCCAGUCCCGGGCCUGGCCGUCUGCUGCUGGUCUGCCACGUCUCAGGAUUCUACCCAAAGCUCAUACAGGUGAUGUGGAUGCGGGGUGAGCAGGAGCAGCCGGACACUCAGCACAGCGACCUCCUGCCCAAUGCUGAUUGGACAUGGACAACCCACCUCUAUUGCCUUGAUCUGUUUGGCAAUAAUAGUGCCCUCUGUCAUCCUUUUGCUGUGCCUUGCAUUAUGGUAUAUGAAACAUCGGUCACAUCACAACACGCCUUGAGUCCUCACCGUGUCUUCUCUUCCAUUUGGAAUAAGGACCAAGAAGCCCAGGAUCCCACAGUCUCAACCUAGGAGUUAGUUUCAUCAUAUUUCAUCAAAUGAUUGUCAUAUUUUA